AUGCAAGGGCAAGGCGUUGAUGAAGUGAGCAUAGAAGAGUUGGCGUCGAAUCUUUCCCUCUACAAAGAUCAACUGAACCAGGUUAGAGAACUCUUAAACGAUGACCCUGCAAAUUCUGAAUAUGUUGACAUGGAGAGGGAACUUUCCGAGGUAAGCUCAAUUCAACCCCAGUUUUGAUGUUUUGUUUCCGCCUUGUUCUCUAUCAUUCAUUCAUCAUCGAGUAAGCAGAUAGAUCCCUCCCAUUCCAUCGGAGGAUGUCAUUCUAUAUAUUACUACUAAUCAAACUAGUUUCUUCGAAAAGGUGAGGGUACUACUACUAGUAUUACUGCGGCAAUUUGUAAUAUCAUUCAAAUUGCUCAACCUCAGGAGGAGCAUUAAAAAGUGAGUGUUAGGUCCAAAUGCACAUCACGUCUAUCUUGGUUCUUGUGCAGGUCAUUGCCUUGACCGAGGAACUCCUUGCAACUGCAAAGCAGAAUGAAAUCUCUGCUCCUCCUAAUAAUGCUGCUGCAUCUCCAACCUUGUCCAUACAUAACGAGAAUCAAUUGCUAGAUAGUAGUUCUGAUCAUCAAGAGAAACUUCCUGUUGGCACCAAAGUUCAGGCAGUUUGGAGUGAAGAUGGGGAGUGGUAUGAUGCGACAAUUGAGGCUUAUACUCCAAAUGGUUAUUAUGUAAGCUAUGACAAUUGGGGUAAUAAAGAAGAGGUUGAUCCUGCCAAUGUAAGGUCAAUUCAAGAAGGUUCUGUUGAUGCUUUAUUAGAAGCUGAGCGAGUUGCUGAAGCAACAAAACAGGCCAUCAAACGAAAAAUUGCACAAGCUGCAUCUAUCGAUUUACAGUCUCGGAGUCUACCUACAAAGCUUCGUAUAGAGGCUGAUGAUCCUGAGGAUGUGAAAGCUUCAAAACGCAAGAAAAUACAUGCUUUUAAGUCAAAGAUGCGGAUGGAGCAACUUGAAGUCACACAAAAUAAGCGGCAAAAUGCUUGGCAGCAGUUUCAGUCAACCAAAGGAAAGGCAAAGAAGAUUGGUUUCUUCUCUGGAAGAAAACGGGAGAGUAUUUUUAAAUCUCCUGAUGAUCCUCAGGGAAAGGUUGGUGUGACGGGAAGUGGGAAAGGUUUGACAGAGUUCCAGAAGAGAGAAAAACAUUUUCACCUCAAAGAUGGUACUGUUGAAAAUGAUGAUUAGGUUAUGCACCGACUCGGCUAGAUGCCCUUUCAAUUGUAUGUAACAUGCUCAAACAACCAUUCUCUGUAGAGGUUCACUGAUGGCAAACCAAACAAUGUUAUCUACUGAAAUGUGUCGAGACUUCAGAACUGUUCUAGAUUGUAGCUUUCGCCCCACAUAUAUAUAUUUUUUUUUCUUUCACUAUUUUAUCAUGAUGCAAUUUUGCUGCCUUUUCAUUUUGAUGUUAUAUUAACUAGAUGCUCAUA